ACUUCAAUCUCCGCGCGUCUCCAUGCAAAUCAAGGACUCAGAGAGGUGAAAGCAGAAGGGUCGUCAUGGACAACAGUGUGUUAACGCAUUAUUGAAACUACAAACAUCCACAGCAGUUCCAUGUAGACAAAUCACAGACUUUGAAAGCUGGAGGUAUCUCUUCAUGGCAUACAUCAUGUGGAGUCUUUGAAGCACACAAUUCUGCCCAGCGUCCAAAUAAAGAAUCCCUGGCCUGGUAUGUAAGAGAAAUCCUUGCGUCCAUCAUGACAAACCAGGAAAAAUGGGCCCACCUCAGCCCUUCAGAAUUUUCACAACUUCAGAAGUAUGCAGAGUAUUCUACAAAGAAAUUAAAGGAUGUUCUUGAGGAAUUCCAUGGUAAUGGUGUGCUUGCAAAGUAUAAUCCUGAAGGGACCAUAGAUUUUGAAGGUUUCAAGCUGUUUAUGAAGACGUUCCUGGAAGCUGAGCUCCCUGAUGACUUCACUGCACACCUUUUCCUGUCAUUUAGCAACAAGUUUCCUCAUUCUAGUCCAAUGGUGAAGAGUAAGCCUGCGCUCCUCUCAGGUGGAUUAAAAAUGAAUAAAGGUGCCAUCACCCCUCCCCGAACUUCUCCUGCAAACUCGUGUUCCCCAGAAGUGAUCCAUCUGAAAGACAUUGUGUGCUACCUGUCUCUGCUAGAGAGAGGAAGACCUGAGGAUAAGCUCGAAUUUAUGUUUCGCCUUUAUGACACAGAUGGGAACGGCUUCCUGGACAGCUCGGAGCUGGAAAAUAUCAUCAGUCAGAUGAUGCAUGUCGCAGAGUAUCUUGAGUGGGACGUCACCGAACUUAAUCCAAUCCUUCACGAAAUGAUGGAAGAGAUUGAUUACGAUCAUGAUGGAACGGUAUCUUUGGAGGAAUGGAUUCAAGGAGGAAUGACAACGAUACCCCUGCUUGUGCUUCUGGGCUUAGAGAAUAAUGUGAAGGAUGACGGGCAGCACGUGUGGAGACUCAAGCACUUUAACAAGCCUGCCUACUGCAAUCUCUGCCUGAACAUGUUGAUUGGCGUGGGGAAGCAAGGCCUCUGCUGCUCCUUCUGCAAAUACACAGUCCAUGAACGCUGUGUGGCUAGAGCCCCUCCCUCUUGCAUCAAGACCUACGUGAAGUCCAAAAAGAACACGGACGUCAUGCACCAUUACUGGGUUGAAGGCAACUGCCCAACCAAGUGUGACAAGUGCCACAAAACAGUAAAAUGUUACCAGGGCCUGACGGGACUGCAUUGCGUUUGGUGUCAGAUCACACUGCACAAUAAGUGUGCUUCUCAUCUAAAACCCGAAUGUGACUGUGGACCCCUGAAGGACCAUAUUUUACCACCCACAACGAUCUGUCCAGUGGUACUGAAUCUGCCCACUUCAGGAGUUUCAGUUCCUGAGGAAAGGCAGACAACGGUGAAAAAGGAGAAGAGUGCCUCAGAGCAGCCAAACAAGGUGGCCAGCAGGAGCACAGUGCAGAGAGCCAACUCAGUGACCGUGGAUGGACAAGGCCUGCAGAUCACUCCUGUGCCUGGUACUCAUCCAUUGUUAGUUUUUGUGAACCCCAAAAGUGGUGGGAAGCAAGGAGAAAGAAUUUACAGAAAAUUCCAGUAUCUACUAAAUCCUCGUCAAGUUUAUAGUCUUGCUGGAAGUGGACCAAUGCCAGGGUUAAAUUUUUUCCGAGAUGUUCCGGACUUUAGAGUAUUAGCCUGUGGUGGAGACGGAACCGUGGGCUGGAUUCUGGACUGCAUAGAAAAGGCCAAUGUAGCCAAACAUCCUCCAGUCGCUAUUCUGCCUCUCGGGACUGGAAAUGACCUGGCAAGAUGCCUGCGAUGGGGAGGAGGAUAUGAAGGUGAGAAUCUGAUGAAAAUCCUUAAAGGUAUUGAAAGCAGCACAGAAAUCAUGUUGGACAGAUGGAAGUUUGAAGUUGUCCCAAAUGACAAGGAUGAGAAAGGAGACCCAGUGCCUUACAGCAUCAUCAAUAAUUACUUUUCCAUUGGCGUGGAUGCCUCCAUUGCACAUAGAUUUCACAUCAUGAGAGAAAAACACCCAGAGAAAUUCAACAGUAGAAUGAAGAACAAAUUUUGGUAUUUUGAGUUUGGUACAUCUGAAACUUUCUCAGCCACCUGCAAGAAGCUUCAUGAAUCUGUAGAAAUAGAAUGUGAUGGAGUGCAGAUAGAUUUAAUGAACAUCUCCCUGGAAGGAAUUGCGAUCUUGAAUAUACCAAGCAUGCAUGGAGGAUCCAAUCUUUGGGGAGAGUCUAAGAAAAGGAGAAGCCAUCGACGGAUAGAGAAAAAAGGCUCGGACAAAAGAACCACCCUCACAGAUGCCAAAGAGUUGAAGUUUGCAAGUCAAGACCUGAGUGACCAGCUACUGGAAGUGGUUGGCUUGGAAGGGGCCAUGGAGAUGGGGCAAAUCUACACGGGCCUGAAGAGUGCUGGCCGCCGGCUGGCCCAGUGCACUUCUGUACUCAUCAGGACUAGCAAGUCUCUGCCAAUGCAAAUUGAUGGGGAACCAUGGAUGCAGACCCCGUGCACGAUAAAAAUUACGCACAAGAACCAAGCGCCGAUGCUGAUGGGCCCUCCUCCGAAAACUGGGUUAUUCUGCUCCCUGGUCAAAAGAACAAGAACCCGAAGCAAAGAAUAACCCUCCUCGUUGUGUUCUUAGAAAUCUGAUUAGCGUAAUUGGGCCAUAGAACACUUGUGCUGGAAAUCUUGGAACCAUUUUAAGCCUCUUGCUCAUGUAAAGUCAUGGAAUUGGUUUAACAGUUUUUGUUACUGAGCUAAUGCAAAACUCAGCUAUUAGAAAACAUAUUGUCUCAGUUUUUAUAGGCAGUUUGCAUGAAGAAAGCAAAAGUUUACAUGAAGUGAUAUUGCAUAUUUUUGUUGCAUGCAUUCCCAUAGAUUUUUAUGUCUCCCACUCACACCAUACCCAGUACCCAUUUACCAAACUGAACCUGUGAAGCCUGAAACAGGAAGUGCCACAGGAAGCGUAAGUCUCAGUGUGAUUCCAAUUAUCAAUAAGCACUAAUCAGUAAGGCUGCAGCGAUCGUGAUUGCAGACGGCUGUACUCUUCCCUUUUAGAUCUCGUGACUCAACAAUCCUUGAUCUUUGUUUCAGGGAUAAACUUUUAACUCAAAGAUUUUAUUAAGUAGUUGUCUAUGACACAUUGCAUAAAUAGUUUUUCUCCAACCUCUAGAUUCUUCUGAGGAGAAAUUUAAA